AUGAGAACCACCCCCACAGAGGUGCUAGAAGUAGCACUCUGCGUUCCACCACUGGACAGAAUCAUCAUUUGUAUAGCCAGACUCACGGCCUAUAGGCUAAAAUGCCAAAGCGAGUGGAGAGGUGGAGGAAGACAAAUGGGACUAGAGCUACUCCAAGAAAGCCCCUUCACUCUAAGACAGGAUAGGAUCCCAAAAAAGUACCAGUUGGAUAGGAACUUUAAAGUUCAAAUACCAACAAGGGACGAGUGGAAAACUAUCAGGCUUCCCAUACAUCCAAACACGGACAUCUGGUACACAGACGGGUCGGGGGCGAAUGGUCGCUUUGGAGCGGGCUUCUAUUGCCAGAAGUUUGAUCAAAGGGUAACUAUACCUAUGGAUGAAUGGGCCACAGUAUUUCAGGCGGAAGUGCUUGCCAUACUGAAAUGCGUCAAAAUCCAAAUUGCACAAGACGUAAAAGAUAGGAGCAUUCUUAUCUGCUCGGAUAGCAGAGCAGCGUUAGGCGCGCUCGAAGGAACCACCACUGAAUCAUCAGUGGUAUGGGACUGCAAGCAGGCACUAAAUAAAUUGGGAGAAACUAACAAAGUCACCAUCAUAUGGAUCCCUGGACACAGGGGACUACAUGGCAAUGAAGUAGCGGAUGGCCUUGCAAAACUGGGUACUCUGGAGGACCCGCUUGAGCAGGAGAUGGGCAUUCCCUUCGCCGUUGGUAAAGAGUAUAUCAAGAAAAGCCUAGAAAAGGAGCAUCUGGACUCAUGGGAACGAGGACAAGGCUGCCGGCGGGCUAAACUCCUGAUUGAAAAACCAUCGAAAAGUAGGGCCCGUGAACUACUGACGAUGAACAAAAAGAAAUUGAGGCUCGCAAUUAAGCUCCUUACGGGACAUAUGGCCUUAAGAGCACAUCUAUACAACCUGAAAAUGGCUGAGCCAAAAAAUUGCCGGCUAUGCGGGGAAGAAGAGGACAGCAUCCACAUCCUGUGUCGUUGCCCCCUAUUAGCAAUAAGAAGAUACAGAUCCUGGGGGCAGAUGUUCUCAGAACCCAAAGAUCUAAAAGAAAUGAGGAUCAACAAACUAUGUGGCCUGGUAAAUAACACCGGGCUAGACCAAUAG